CAGCACCGGACACCUCGCCGUCGCGCAGCAGCCUUUGGCAGAAAGGAGACAGGAAUCUUCCAGAACAGCCUUUCCGAGCCGAGAUAAAGUCCUGAGAGGGAGCUAAACAUCAUCUUCAGAUAAGGCUUAUCUGUCAUAGACGAACAUGGUCAAGGAAACAGGCUUUUAUGACACAUUAGGUGUCAAACCUAAUGCAACUCUUGAUGAGUUGAAGAAAGCCUAUCGCAAACUGGCUUUGAAAUAUCACCCUGACAAAAAUCCAACAGAAGGCGAGAAGUUUAAACAGAUCUCACAAGCAUAUGAAGUGUUGUCAGAUGCCAAGAAGAGAGAGCUAUAUGACCGUGGAGGUGAAAAGGCUAUCAAGGAAGGAGGGACCGGUGGUGGUGGCGGUGGUGGUAGCGGCUUUGAAUCACCCAUGGAUAUAUUCGACUUCUUUUUUGGUGGAGGUAGUCGGAUGCACAGAGAGCGAAAAGGAAAGAACAUUGUUCACCAGAUUUCAGUGACACUGGAGGAUCUCUCCAAUGGAGCAACAAGAAAACUUGCAGUCCAGAAGAACUGUAUUUGUGAAAGAUGUGAAGGUCGUGGAAGUCGUAAAGGAGCUGCACAGACGUGCAUGUCUUGUCACGGCACGGGAAUGCAGGUCCGGGUGCACCAGUUGCUACCAGGUAUGGUACAGCAGGUGUCAACGGUGUGCCACAGCUGCCAGGGACAAGGACAGAGAGUCAGCCACAAGGACCGCUGCAAAACAUGUGCAGGCCGGAAGAUAAUGCGGCAAAAGAAGAUCUUGGAGGUCCACAUUGACAAAGGAAUGAAAGAUGGCCAGAAGAUUGUCUUCCACGGUGAGGGCGACCAGGAACCAGGACUUGAACCUGGUGAUAUCAUCUUUGUCCUGGACCAACGUGAACAUCCCAUUUUCACAAGGAAAGGACAGGACCUGCUCAUGUCCAUGGAGUUACAGUUGGGCGAGGCCUUGUGUGGUUUCAAGAAGCCGAUUCAAACACUGGACAACAGAACUCUCCUUAUCACGUCACAUCCAGGGGAGCUGAUCAAGCCUGGAGACACAAAAUGUGUCAUUAAUGAAGGAAUGCCCACAUAUCGCAGACCGUUUGAGAAGGGACGUCUUAUUAUUCACUUUUCAGUGUCGUUCCCACCAGACAAUUUCCUCCCCGAGAACAAGCUGGUGGAGCUGAAGCGCUACCUCCCGGAGCGGGUGGAUGCAGAGCAGCCGGACAGCAUGGACGAGGACCUCUACAUCUACGCCGAGCUGGAGAACUGUGACAUGGAGGGCCGACGAAGACGGAGGAACCAGUUCUACUACGUGGACGAGGACGACUGUGCCAGCAGCAGCGGCGUUCAGUGCCAGACGUCCUAGACGGCUCCACAAUCCUCAUCUCUGAUGCAAAGCACCUUUUUUGAGAGUCUGUGCACUUUUAUUUCCUUCUUACUCGUUUUGCUUUAUUAGUUUAACAUUUCUCUAAAGCUGAAUUGUAAAAAAAUGUGUCCCGGUUGCCUCCUGAUUUAUUAUAAUAUGUUUUUGGACUGGAUUAGUGUUUGUCGAAGAUACAAGACUUGAUGUUCAGAUUCCUUGUCGCGUUUGGGACCAUAUUUUAAUCUUUUCCAAACACACUGUGAUUAAAUAUGAUCGCUGGUGUCACAGAUGCUUCAUAUAAGAAAAAACUUGACCUGCUUUUAAACUAUUUACAUUACACUGAUGCCAAUGUUAAUAUGAAAAUAAAGUGUGUGUUGAAACUUGAGUUAAAGCAUGUGGCUUUCCCUUUUCAAGGGCUACUUUUAGACCUUUCUAAACAUUCUUGAAAAUAUGACUGGUGUGUAUUUAGCUGACAGAAGGAAGAUACAGCUUCAUGCCGAGAAGCAGUCGGGUUCAAGCCACUGAUUGAUAGAUUACUCAGACUAAUGUUUAACUUUCAUAUUUUAACACCUUCUGAGUUAAGGUCAUUUUUCUGGGGUGUCACAUAAAAUGUAUUAAUAGUUGAGUUUGUGUUUUGUUUUGUUUUAUUCAUGUGUAAUGAUGACUCAUUUUGAAAAUGUUAAUGCAAGCCCCCGUGUGCCUUGAUGGCACGUGUUUCAGCACAGUCUGGAUCUUUUAAAAAAACGAAUGCUGCUGUUUUAUCUCGUGACUUCAUCAAUAGUGUUCACAAAGACACCACAGCUCUCUGACUAGUCUGUACUGGCGUCGCAGGAUGAAGAACGGUCGGUAUCAGUAUUGUUUGUUAAAGGCUUAAUGUUCUAGAAAUAGAAUACGAUUUCAGAUACAUCUUGUAAAAUCCAAAUCUGGACUUUAAAUUGAAAGUAGAAAGUGAAAUAUGUCGAUGGGGAUGUUUGGUGCACAAGCUAUAAAUGUCUUUUUCUCUUUUUUUUUUGUUCUUAAUCUACCUGUAAAUUGCCAAAUGGAUCAUGGGAGGUUAUUGAGGGACUUAAAAUUGGCAACUCUGAUACCUCAUUGAAGUUUCUGCCUGUUUCAAAGCCUUAUCAUAACUUAACUUGAAGUAACCCGGUGUUUGUUUUGUUUAUCAUGUUUUCUUUUGUCUGAGCAGUGGUUAUUGCCUUGGAUAUUUGGAAAACAUGAUUAUGUUCACAGAGGAGGUGAGAUCAACAUUCUUGAACGUGCAUGUGAAUAUGAGUAGUCAAAAUGUCAGGCUUGAACUGAUGUGUUCUCAAGGUCUUAAUUUAACUUGAUCCAUGUUUGGACUGAUGAUGUUUGUGGUUUCUUAAUAAAUGUUAUUUGGAAAUACUUUUAAAGUGA